AUGGGUCUCUUUUCUUCUUCUGACGAUGACGACCGUCGCGAGUCGAACAACUCCAGCUACGGAGGACGCGACAACGACUCCUCCUCCUACGGAUCAUCUGGACGCGACAACAACGACUCUUACGGCUCAUCCGGACGCGACUCUGACUCGUAUGGUUCAAACAAGUCCAGCGGCUUCGGUGGGUCUGACUCUUAUGGAUCGUCUGGCAACUCUGGCAACUCGGACUCUUACGGCUCGUCCGGCCGCGACUCUGACUCGUAUGGAUCGUCUGGACGCGGAGGCAACGACUCUUUUGGAUCUUCUGGUAACUCGGACUCUUACGGCUCGUCCGGCCGCGACUCUGACUCGUAUGGAUCGUCUGGACGCGGAGGCAACGACUCUUUUGGAUCUUCUGGUAACUCGGACUCAUACGGCUCGUCUGGCCGCGACUCUGACUCCUAUGGAUCGUCUGGACGUGGAGGCAAUGACUCCUACGGCUCUUCCGGCCAGGACUCUUCCGGCCAGGACUCUUCCUAUGGAUCGUCCGGUCGCGACAACGACUCCUACGGAUCGUCCGGCCGUGACAACGACUCUUACGGAUCGUCUGGCCGUGGCGGCAACGACUCGUCUUUUGGCUCGUCUGGCCGCGACUCAGAUUCGUACGGCAGCGGAGAGUCAGAAAACUCUGGCCGGGGAGGUGGCUUUGGAUUCUAA